CCCCUUCACAUAUAUCACUGCGCGAAUCGACGAGAACAAAAACGUGAAGGGUGGAGCGAAAGAAAGAAAGAGGGAGAACACCCCCACCAAGAAGGGAAGAACCAGCCAUGAAGCCCCCCACCACCGCUCUCCUCCUCCUCGCCGCCCUCCUCACCACCGGCGCCGUCCUCUCCACCGACUCGCGCGACCUCGACGACGAGCGCACCUCCUCCUCCAAGCACCGCGGCAGCCACCCGGGCCGCGGCGUCCCCGGCUUCGGCCCCGACCCCGGUGGCUUCUUCGGCCCCGGGGGCGGCGGUUUCGGCAUCCCGGGCUUCGGCGGGUGGGGUGGCCUCGGUGGCGGCUACGGCUACGGCUCCGGCGGCCCCGCCGGGGGCUCCGGUGGGCAUGGCGUUGUCCGGCCGUCCGUGGUGUGCUCGGAGAAGGGCCCCUGCUACAAGAAGAAGCUGACGUGUCCGUCCAAGUGCUUCACCUCCUACACCAGCUCCGGCAAGGGAUACGGCGGCGGCGGCGGUGGCGGCGGAUGCAGCUUUGACUGCAAGAAGAAGUGCGUCGCUUACUGCUGAUUUCGUAAUUAACUUUACCUCCUCUUAGCCCACUAUGCGGUCGUCCGCAUGCGUUGGAUCGUACGCCUUAUUUCCAUUAAAAUAGUAUAUUAUUAUACUAUAUCUAUAUGCUGGUGUUUUGCUGUUACUUUUAUGUGAGUGGGUUGGGAUGCUGCUGCUGUGUUAUGUAUGUCUGUAUGAUAUGGUAUGGUUUGGUAUGGUAUGUAUGGGACAUAGAUGAAUAAAGAGGGGGCUUUACGUAGUUCGAUGGAUAGGGGCUUUUGAAGGGUAGUAAGAUGCAUUCAUAGCUGACUUGGUGUUAUUUGAGGUGUGUGGAUUUUUUAUCUCAUGUUUUGUUAAUCUUUUGGUGAUGGUGAGCUUUCUAUGGGUAUGUAUGUGUGGAUUUGUGAGUUAGUAGACUUUGAAUGUACCUCAAAGACUUCUCGUAGUUCAGAAGUAGUAUUAAAAUGAAUGUAGGGUGGACUAGCUUUGGCUUUUAUUAUCCUA